AGUGUCGAAACGUUGGGUCUUGAUUACAAUUCGACUGGGCUUUGUAAUCAUAUCCAAAUUGCAUUUUGUCAUUUUGAUAGGCAGACGUCCUGGUCAACACAACUGGUGAGAAUCUUAACCUACAUUCUAACCCGUGUAGCAAAGCUCUAAGUAAUAAGGCGGGUCCGGCACUGCAAGUUGAAUGUAGCAAGAUUGGAAAACUUCAGGUUGGCCAGGUAGCUGUAACCAAGGGAGGAAAUUUGCUUUGCGACGAGGUAUACCAUGUUGUCUGUGUUCCGUGGAAUGAUGAUCAAGGAGAACAGGUAUGUUCUAAAGUCUGUAAAGCGUUACAUAUCAAACUGCUUCUUCCGUAAAUAUAAUUGUUGUGUAGUGAAAUAAUAUCCAUUGGGAGAGAUGUAGACACUUGUUUGUGAUACAAUAACUCUAAAUAGUUGAUUUGGUAUUUACCUCCAUGUAUUAGUUUUAUGCUACUUCCGCUAAUUUUAGACAUCAACGUAUGCUUAGAAAUCGUAUGAUUAAAUGUUAAUAAAUUUGACGCGUACGUUUUUCAAAAUUUGCUGUUUAGAUAUUGCGAACCAUUAUCAGAAAUUGCCUGAAAAACUGCAACUCAAAUGGAAAGAAAUCCAUCGCUCUCCCAGCAAUUGGAACAGGAACAUUGGGUUUUCCACAUGACGUUGCUGCGAAAAUAUUUUUUGAAGAAACGAAAAAAUUUGGGCGAAGAGUUUCAAGCUGUGCCAUAAAGGAAGUUAGUUUUGUCGUGUACAAUCAAGAUACCAAGUCAAUUCAAGCUUUUAAGAAUGAAUUAAAGCAGCAAGAAGAGUGGGCUAGCACUGUAUCUAUUAUGGGUGUUUCGGAUGGGUCUCAAAAAAGGUGGAGAAGAAAACCAGCUAGUACUUCAAAAAAAUCUGAAAGGAGUGUUAUGUGUAUUGAAGUCGGUGAUAAUAAAAAAGUCGAGAUUGUGAAAGGUGACAUUACAAAAGAAACAACAGAUGUUAUUGCCCACUUGACCAACCCUAGCCUGAUUAUGGGAAGUGGCGUGGCGACUGCUUUAGCCAGAGCAGGAGGGCAAGAAAUAGAACGUGAAUGCAAAAAAGAAACCAAUUCUUCAAGACGUAGGGUUGCAACAACAGUCCUAACAAGCGCAGGGCAAUUGGAUGUCAAGUAUAUUGCCCACAUGGUCGCUUCAAACGCUCCUAAUUCCAGCGAAAUCGAAAAAUGCAUCAGCGAUUGUCUGAAAGUAGUAAGCGAAGAAGAAUGUGAAAGUAUUUCAUUUCCAGCUGUUGGAACUGGUUCCUUGAAACAUGACUCGGAAAAAGCUGCCACAACAAUUUUCAAAUCCGUCAUACGCUUUCUGGAAUCAAGUUCUGGACCACUCAAGAUGAUCCGUAUCGUACUGAAGGACGAUGACCUAGUGACAGCAUUUCAAGCAUCGGCUAAGAAACUUAAUGAAGAAGGACAACCUGGAAUGUUGAAACGGCUUGUGAAUCUCUUCUGGAAAUCUGACUCAACAACUAUAACUGUGAAAGAUAAACCAUCUGCUAUCACCAAGAACCUUUUCUUAGAAAUUUACGCAAAAGAUAAUGCCACAAUCAAUCUUGCAAGGGAAGAAAUUCUAAAGAUUAUUGAGUCUCAGAAGAAGAAGGAGAGAUUAGAGGAUGACAAUAUUGGGAAACUAUCCAAGCAUCAAAUCACUGAAAUAGAACACUUAUGUGAAAUGAACGAUAUUAAAGUUACCAUUGAAAAAGAUCUGAACCGUAUUGUCGUAGUUGGACACAGUGAGGACAUUUCCAAAACGUUUACAGAAAUUUUUCAAAUUUUGAAAAGAAUUGGUGAGGCAGAAAAGGAAAAGGAGAAGGCUGCUCUGCAUGCUGACUUAGCAGAGAUAGUUUCUCAAGGAGUACAGUGGUUCUACGUAAAUCCAAGUAAUGGUGAUCAUGAAGAGUACGAUAAGCGUACCAACGCCACUAUUGAGAAAGCUUACAGCAAGAAGGAAAAAUCUGUUAUUUUCCUUUUAGAAGAUACAAAAUGUGAAAUUGUAUUCGCUAUGAUGCAAGAGACAAAUUUGGAUACAAAAGAUACGUUAAAAGUAAUCAGAAAGGAUCUUAAAGGUAUUUAAAAUGUUAUAUUCCUCAACAUGAAACUUAUAUUGGGUCAUUCAAAAAUUGAUAAAGAUCAGAAAGAUAAUUUGUGUUUUUUUUCUAUUUAUUCCUUCUCUCCUUUACAUGUUUUUGUUAUGGACGCCAUCUUGGAAAAAGGUUUUCCCAAUGUUCACAAACGUCCCUAUUUAUCCUAGCUUAAUUAUCUACUUAGAAUAAAUUAAUAUGCAAUGCCUAAUUACAUAAAUAUAUCAACAUACAUCAAUCAGGGUCGGUUGUAUGAGAGUUUAAAGUCCGUUUACACCUGCAAUUUUUGCUUCGAUUUCUGGUGCAAUUUUUCGGGCUAACAUGAUGGCGACGUGAAAUCGCCAGUGUAAACGAUUUAACUGCAAUUUCAGACUCAGUGCAACUUCACUGCGACAAGCUGCAAAUAUUUCAAUCGUGAUCGAAAUUUAUCGCAACUCGCUGCGAUUUUUAAGAAGAUGUGAACAAAAUACGAAUGUGCUACCUCUCAAUGGCAGGUGUUGGCACGUUCAAUAAGGAUUAAAGGCAUAUAUCAAAGCCUAGCAACAUAAACUUCUCAAUAUCUUAAAAACCCUUCACUUUCAUGCUGUUUCUAAAAGCAAUAUCUACUAUAUAAAGAUCUAUAAAUGCAGUUAACUGAGAAUAACAUAUGUGAAUAAGGAAGUUACCUAUUUACGAUAUGGUAUCAAGAGAAAAAAACGCGAUAACGUUAACAAUAUAAAAUCGGAGUAUUGUAGAAUACUUUUACUGCCUUAACUUUGGUCUCUGUCUUGCUACUAACUUUAGAACAAAAACAGUUGUUUGUCUCACACAAAUCAGUACCGAUUAGCUCACGGCAUUCCUUAGCAGAAAUACUGCUAGUUUCUUGUAUUCAUAGUGCACUUUGAUUUGCCGUUGCUUAUCCUACAUUAUGAUAGGUUUUGGGUAAGUUCAUGGUAGUUUUCAUGAACCGCGGUAAUGAAUUUGAAUUGUGGGGGUUGAUAUGUGUUUUUAAAAGUCAUUUAUGAGCGGCGCUUUUGGAGGUUUAACAGUGAAAUUGUUUGCCAUACAGGGAUACAUAACAAUCUCCAGAGCAUAAGCUUCACCAUUGCUUUCAAUAUUGAAUUUUAGCUGAGGCGUCUGUUCGAGUUCCUGAAUAUUGGGAAUUUCAACCACAGGAUACAAAUGGAAAAGAGUUAGCAGUACAUCUUGUCCGCCUGUACCCAAACGAUCCAAACCACAAAGAUGAAUACAAGAAUAUCAGCGAUCAUUUCCAACAAACAGCUUUUCAACAAAUCUUACAUAUUCACCGAAUCCAGAAUCCAUCAUUGUUCAAGCAAUAUCUUAUGAAGAAACAAAGUUUGGAUGAAAAAAGUGGAAGUAAUGAGAAAUUCUUGUUUCACGGUACGCGAGGUGAUAAAUUGAGCGAAAUUAAUAAACAUGGCUUGAACAGAAGUUAUGCUGGAAACACUAAUGGUAACGUAUUACAAACCAUUUUCACUUCGCAUGCUGAAAUGAAAUCGCACAUCACAAUAUACCAUCUCGAUAAUUACGUCACAAAUACUUCCUUACCUUGGGAGCCUCGCUGUCAUGAAUCAGGACGAAGGGUCGUUCUCCUGUAAUUCAUAAGAACGAGACUUCCGGGCCAUGGAGGUAUUUGUGACGUAUUGUUGGGUGUAUUAUCGAAAGAGUGAAUUAAUUUAUUUAAUAAAAUGUUAUGAAUUUCCGAUUGUCUAACUUCCUCACUUAACGAUAUUUACCGGUGACCCCGUAUGAAUUACAUGUGCCUAACACCUCGGGCAGAGUCCUACGAGGCUAUUUUUUCUUUUCUCGCUAAUAUAUUCGCUAUAGUAUAUAAAGUAGCACAAGUC